AGCUAUAGUCAUCGUGAGAAUUGGUUUCUAAUACUGUAGUGGAGUUGCUUGUGCCAUCGUCUGCCUGCCUGCCUGCCUGCCUUAUUCAUACUCCUUAAGAAAUUGCUGCUCUAGGACAAACGACUCUUUAAGCGCAAUCUAAUUGGUUGCCUGGCACUUCAUCGGUGGCAAGCAGGACAAUGGCUGCUAGCAAGAGCAAGAACCAGAGUUCCUUGGCCCUCCAUAAAGUAAUUAUGGUUGGCAGUGGAGGUGUGGGCAAAUCUGCUCUCACUCUUCAGUUUAUGUAUGAUGAGUUUGUAGAAGACUAUGAACCUACCAAGGCUGACAGCUACAGAAAAAAAGUGGUUCUGGAUGGUGAAGAAGUUCAGAUAGACAUUCUGGACACAGCAGGACAGGAGGAUUACGCAGCUAUCAGAGACAACUAUUUCCGCAGUGGGGAAGGGUUUCUUCUAGUCUUCUCAAUAACAGAGCAUGAAUCCUUUACAGCAACAGCAGAGUUUCGGGAACAGAUCCUGCGUGUGAAGGCUGAAGAGGAUAAAAUCCCUUUACUGGUAGUGGGAAACAAAUCUGACUUGGAAGAGCGCAGACAAGUGCCUGUAGAAGAGGCAAGAAGUAAGGCAGAAGAGUGGGGUGUGCAGUAUGUAGAAACUUCUGCCAAAACUAGAGCGAAUGUAGAUAAGGUAUUCUUUGAUUUAAUGAGAGAAAUCAGAGCAAAGAAAAUGUCAGAAAACAAAGACAAGAAUGGCAAGAAAAGUGGCAAGAACAAGAAAAGCUUUAAAGAACGAUGUUGCUUACUGUGAUGCUUGGGAACUGUAAAUAUCUAUCUACAGGUGGCAUGGAUAAAAUACCACUAAGGAUAUAGGGCUGGAUUCAUGAAAGGAAGUCUGUAUUGACUCCCUUAUCUUUUGCUUUGCAUAUCACACCUUCAAAAUGUGAAAACAGAACUUUGAAACCAUUUCUGGUAUCCAACAAAACCUAUGCCUACUUAAACUGAAACGGGCUCCGACUUCCUAGUGUCUUUCAGAACUACGAUCCUCCUGCUUGGUUAUACAAUAGUACUUUUGUAUUAACUUCCUAGUUUACUCUAAUGUUUCUCUUGAACCUCUACUGGCCUUAACAAGCACAGCUGUUCAGGUUCAAACACUUUGGUUUUUUUCUCCCCACUGUUGCUGCCCUCCUUGAUGUUGCAAACUGCAGAAAAGUUACAUGACAGCUGUUAAAGGGUUUGAGUCUCCAUUCUCUGUUAGUUGUCACUGGUAUUUCUUACACUGAAAUCUGCUGGCUUCCUCCCCACACUCCAUGUAAGAAAUAACAACUGACACUUGAGAGUCAACUCAAAAAAAACUUUCUUCCAUGUUAUGUUAAGUCAAUACAGCAUUCAUGAAUCAAGCCUAUGGACUCAAUUCAGAUUUAUUUAGGCAAUGCAAAAAUUGAUAUUUAAAUACUGGCUAGGUGCAUUCCCCAUGGCUCUGUUUUCUCAUCCUUAAAUUAAUGAUAUGGGUUGAGAAAAUGACUAUAAUCCUUUCUUCAAAAGGAAUAAUAUUAUCACCAUCUCCUUGAAAUGCUGUCCAGGGUUUCUUCCAUGUAUUGUGGCUAGACUCAAUUACACUCACUCUACAUCCAUCAUCCUUCCCCUCCCUGGUACUGGUAUAGUGAAAAUCAAAGUGUUGAUUUCAUUGGUUUUGUUUAUAUUGGAACAUUUGUGAUCAUGUUGGAAAUGCAGGAACAUCUGCAUCUGUCUCUUGUCUUGCUAAAGAUGAAAACUCUGAGUAAGGAUGGGUCACAUCUCACAAUCAUGACUUGGAAUAGGUGAGGCAUAUGUGCUACCUCUCGGUGAUUAGUUGGCUAGUGAUUUGUAUGGUGUCGAAAAGCAAAUGAAGUUAAGCAGUUGCCAUGUCUUGUUACUCAAUUUUAUAUGUACUUGCUGAUGCACAGCAACCUAGCACAUGGAGACACAUGUUGAGUUUUGCUGUCAAUUAAACGGUGGUGGUCACAAUUUUUGAUCAACAAAAAAUGGAAGAGAAAUCAGUAUGUAGGCCCUCUUGUCAGCUGACUGAACCAAGCUUUCUGAGGCAGUUUAAGUGCAGUUGCCAAAAAAUACUUCUGUCACUGUUGUGGAAAGUAACUGUAUCUUCUGAUUGUGGAGUCUCUUAAUGAGUUAUGGCUGUCUUCUGUUUUGAAGGAGUAGAGAGAACUUGAAGUAGUGACUGUAUCUUGCCUGCUAACUGGAUGCUUAAAACACAGUUACUUGGUGAAAGGAAUAUGCAAUGUGGCUGUUCGAUGAAGCACACUGCAGCACUAAAUUAACAAAUACUGUUCCUUUUUGAGGUGAAGGAGUAGUGAAUACCAUUUAGUAUUUAGUAUGGUAAUUUGAGACUGAAGAACAUUUUUAACAUGUACUAGAUUGCUCUUGUGCAUUCCACUUCUGAACUUUGAAAAAAGUAAGAUAUGUUAGAUAUCAGAACCUCUGUUGGUCUGAGGUUUCACAGGGACUUAACGCAAACUCAUUGUCUUCCAUAACUAGUUCAACUUAUCAGGCAACUCAUUGGAUUGGGGAAACUGUACUAAAUAAAAGGUGCUGUAAUCUUAAUUCUUGUCAAGUUAAAUUCCUUUGUAAAUGCUAUCUUAUAUGUGCAGAAAGAAUGGUUAACCAAUUCUGGAAAUAUUUAUCUUUGAACAGUGUAAUUAAUUGGUAUUACAAAGCCAGCUUGACGAUACAGUUUUGAAGCAGAGCCUGGGAUCCUGGUGGCUUAUAGAACGUAUUGUUUGAGCUGUGUCACCUGUGUCUGUAGCUUAAGCACCUAAUGGGACACUUGGAGCUGUAGCACUUUGCUAACAAAGUUUCCUUUUGAGCUUCCAUGGAAAAAAUCCAUUUUUGAGUGCACAUUGUGUAUACAGCAAACGAAUGCUUCUGGAGGAAGACAACUCAUUUAGGUUUGGUUUUAGUUGAGACCUAAAGGUUAAGUCCUUAAUUAACCUAAAGGAUAAACAACAGUUGAGUUCACAUUACAAGCUUAUGUAGGUCAAGCCCCUCUGAGGCGGAUUGUAAAAUGUGUCUAACAAAACUGAAUAAGCUUUCCUUGCUAUAUGAAUAAUGAACUCAGGAAAGCUCACAAGGAGCAGCUCAGCUGUAUUGGCUCAAGAGACUUGCAUGCUUUGACCUUUGAUCUCUUUAGUCUUAAAGUACCUGACAGUAUUUGAUGGGACAGAUGAAUUUCUACUCGGAACAGUGAGUCUGCUACUGGUGUUCUUACAGUCCAUGUGCUGUUCUCAGGGUAUUUUGUCUUUUUUAACUGAUAAAGCUCCACCACCGAGGUGGACUUGGAAGAUGGUGCUUGCUGUUCUGUAGCUUGAUGCUGCAUUUCUUCAGUGCUCUGUGCUUGUCACCUUUUCCAGAGAGAUGAGGCAUGGAGACUAAAUACAGCAGCUUUUGUGUAUUCCUCUUCUGUGCUAGGGGCAAACUUCAGUUUAACUUUCUAGUUACAGCUGAACACAUGAUAGCUGAGGUAGCUGCCUUGUUUAUUUUGUAACAGUGGGCAACAAGCAUUCUGACUUGUACUGGGAAGGCAAUAAAACUGCUUCCCGGACUUGGAAUCCUGUUGCCUCAGCCUCAUGGUGGAAGUGCCUGAAUGCAUGCCUUUCUGCAGGGGGACAGUACAAUUUGAGGGUCCUUGAAUGACUCCCAGGUGUGCUUCACUGGACAUCAGCAUCAGGUGGGUUGACUAGAGUGAUUACAAAAUGGCACAGACAAAUGCUUCUUUUGGGUGUGAGGGUUUCCUGUGAGGGGAGUGAAGGGAGAUUUGACUUCUGAUCUAAAUGACUACUUGCAGAUCAGGUACAUCAAACAAGGAGGACUUUGGCAAGAGGGUGUGUGUGGCUGCCCACUAGCCAUGCUGUGUAGCUGAGGCAACUGAAGGCUGUAUUGAAGCUGAUACAUUCUAGCAGCCUUCGCACAUUAUGUAAUUAAGGAGCAAGACUUGUCUUCAUCAGUAUAAUGUGCUCUUAAAUCUUUCUAGAGCAUGGUUGUAGGCAACUAACUGAAUAUUUGAAGCUGGAGGUCAUGCAAGACUUGACUAUGCACUUGCACUUAAGCAUUCAAAUACUAUUCUUGCAUAAUAGCUUAACAUAAAGUCAGGGAGCUGUUUACUGCUAUAUGCAAUAUUACAUAUGUGGCUUAGCAGUGGGUAUUCAAGUGCUCCAGUCUUCUGAGCAAACAUCUGAAACAAGGCCCCAUUAUAAUGGCAGCUAAGUCAUCAUAUGAAAAAAGCAGGUUAAACUCCAGGAGUGCAAAGGCAGACUUGACUCCUUUUUUUCUUUAGAGUAGCAUCUCUCCAGAUGAGAGAGAGUAUAGAUGCAACAUGAAGUGCAUCUUCAAUGACUUGUGCCAUAUGUGUUCUAUACAGACUAAUAUGCCUUUAUUGCAAUUUCUGGGCCAGCAAUUGGCUCAAUGAAGAGAAAGAUGUAUACAUACGUUUACUGGGCAUUAAAUUUCAGUGAGAUAUUAAUAGCCAUCUGAAGUUCCAGUUGAAUCCUGUUUGGCUAAUAUUAGUGCUUAAGAACACUUUAGGUCAGAGGCAUAAAGCUACAGUCUGAAAUGUAGCAAGAGAUGGGGGGAAAUGCAUCUAACUAAACAUUCACAAAGAUCUUUAAGCUUUCCAAAGUGUUAACCCAGUAUUUGGGGCUGACAGGUCUAUCAAUUCUUGUACAAAAUGAGGAUACUUUUUAUUAAUUCAACUCAGAGCUUAUGCAGAGAGAAGCUUUCUUUAAUUGCUAUAAGCAUAUGUUGCAGUGUUCACCUCUUGUUGACUUUAGUUGGGAGAAGGAGGGAAGAGGAACAAAAAAGCAAACAUUUUCACUGUAAUCUCCACACUUCAUUGGAAUGGCAGGUGUUCCUCUUGGGAGGGGAAGGUGUUAUCUCUAACACCAUGAAAGAGGUUUAGUGUAGAGGAAGUGAUUAUGAUUGCAAGAUUUAAUAAAACUGCUUCUAAACUAUGUGUGCUAAACUAUACAAUGUAAAUUCAUAUUUUUUUCCUUGCAUAGCUUCAGAGCUUUGUCUCUAACUUGCACAAACAUUUUUAAUGUCUAUAAAACUGGUCACUUUUCAUUAUCAUGCUAAUACAACUGAUUUGUAUUACUAUUGAUAAUAAAAAGAAAAACAGGCAUAAUA